GUCCACUUUCUGCCAUUUAUCUUGUGUUGUGGUGAACAAUUUUAAGUCAUCGUGUUUGGCAGAUGACAAUGCUGAAUCAGCUACAAAGAAUCUAAGGGUACAUGUGACAGCGCUGCAGCGAUGAGUGGAAUUUUAAAGGAGAAGUUGGAAGAAAUUGAGGGCUCCGCACCCUGCUCCUCUGUGCAGGAAUCUGAUGAUGAAGUUUUUAGCUGUGACAGUGCCACCAGUGUUGAUAGUGUCUAUCUGUCCACUUCUAAUCAUUUCACUGGAAAAAAUAAGGAGAUAUCAACAGACUGAAAAGAUGUUUUCAGAGGCAUAGAUUCUUCAGGAAGAUACUGGCGUUCAUAAGAUCUCAAGGUACAUGUGACAGCGCUGCAGCGAUGAGUGGAAUUUUAAAGAGGAAGUUUGAAGAAGUUGACGGCUCCUCCCCCUGCUCCUCUGUGCGGGAAUCAGAUGAUGAAGUUUCCAGCAGUGAAAGUGCUGACAGUGGGGACAGUGUCAAUCCAUCCACUUCUAAUCAUUUUCCCCCUUCCUCCAUCCUUAAAAGGGAGAAGCGGCUGAGGACGAAGAAUGUACAUUUCAGUUGUGUCACCGUGUACUACUUCACCAGGAGGCAGGGCUUCACGAGCGUGCCCAGCCAAGGCGGCAGCACCCUGGGCAUGUCUAGCCGUCACAACAGCGUGCGCCAGUACACCCUGGGCGAAUUUGCCAGAGAGCAGGAGAGGCUCCACCGCGAGAUGCUGAGAGAACACCUCAGGGAGGAAAAACUGAAUUCUUUAAAGCUAAAGAUGACGAAGAAUGGCACCGUGGAAUCUGAAGAAGCUAGCACUCUUACAGUGGAUGACAUUUCUGAUGAUGAUAUCGAUUUAGACAACACCGAGGUAGACGAGUACUUCUUUCUCCAACCCCUGCCAACAAAAAAACGGAGAGCACUGCUGCGGGCCUCUGGGGUGAAAAAGAUUGAUGUGGAGGAAAAGCAUGAGCUACGAGCCAUCCGCCUAUCUCGAGAGGACUGUGGCUGUGACUGCCGGGUGUUCUGUGAUCCAGAAACGUGUACCUGCAGCCUGGCAGGCAUUAAGUGUCAGGUGGAUCGAAUGUCUUUCCCAUGUGGCUGCACUAAAGAAGGAUGUAGUAACACAGCAGGUAGAAUUGAAUUUAAUCCUAUCCGUGUCCGGACUCACUUUUUGCACACAAUAAUGAAACUUGAACUGGAGAGAAACCGAGAGCAGCAAAUCCCCACGCUGAACGGCUGCCACGGGGAGAUAAGUGCCCACAGUAGUUCCAUGGGCCCUGUGGCUCACUCCGUCGGAUAUUCCAUCGCAGACAAUUUUGAGAUUGAAACGGAACCCCAGGCUGCAGUGCUGCACCUGCAGUCGGCGGAGGAAUUAGAUUGCCAAGGAGAGGAAGAGGAGGACGGUAGCAGCUUCUGCAGCGGAGUCACGGACUCCAGCACCCAAAGCUUGGCCCCCAGCGAGUCAGACGAGGAGGAAGACGAGGACGACGAGGAGGAAGAGGAGGACGACGACGAGAAAGGGGACAGUUUCGUGGAAGCUUUGGGUCCCCAUGCCGAAGGGGUCCCUCUUCCUUCCGUCCUUUGUUACUCCGAUGGCACGGCCGUCCACGAAAGCCACGCGAAAAGCGCUCCCUUUUAUGCCAACUCUUCUACCCUCUACUACCAAAUAGACAGCCACAUUCCAGGAAAUCCCAACCAGAUCCCCGAGAACUACUCGGAAAGAGAGACUGUGAAAAGCGGUGCCCUCUCGCUGGUGCCUUACACCAUGACCCCGGAGCAAUUCGUGGACUAUGCCCGACAAGCGGAAGAGGCGUACGGCGCCUCCCACUACCCAGCUGCCAACCCCUCUGUCAUCGUUUGCUGCUCCUCUUCGGAAAACGACAGCGGUGUGCCCUGCAAUAGCUUAUAUCCCGAACACAGGUCCAAUCAUCCUCAAGUGGAAUUUCACUCAUACUUGAAAGGCCCCUCCCAGGAAGGGUUUGGCUCUGCAUUGAAUGGGGACAGUCACAUUUCAGAGCAUCCUGCUGAAGAUUCUUUGAGCCUCGCAGAAAAGAGCAGAUUGCACGAAGAGUGCAUCAAAUCGCCCGUGGUGGAGACUGUCCCUGUUUAGUAGCUUAAGUUAUUCUUGGACCAACUCUUCUCCUGUGUAAAGCACUGUAUUUAAUUGGAUUUCCUGGGCUCAUCGUGGUUUCAGCUGAGGACCAAGAAAACUUGGACCGUGGUGAAUCUUCCAGACUGUAUUUUGUUUUCUCCCUUCUAGCUACGUGACUGUGCCGUUGCACAAAUGCAGUCUCUAUGAGGGUUUUAAACGAUUUCAGACUGUUUUGAUAGAAAAUGCUAAUUUUAAAAAAGCAUAUCUCACAGUUGCCUACCUGUGAAACUGUGUGAAACCUGCCAAGCUGUGUAGAUCAGAGCUCCAAGUUUUGGAUUAUCGGGCCUGUGCAAGAUUGUUAACUAAGACUGGGAAAUAAUAAGAUUUAGAGUCCUAAUUUUCGAUAUAUCUGAAGAUGAUGGUGACUUUUUAAUGUAAAAGUAAUUAUUGUAAGAAAAAGAUUUAAUUGUUCCAUGCGUAUUUUAUUUAUGGUAGUUAGAAGUCAUGUUUUGAUGAAAACGAACAGCAGCAUGUUCUUUUAAGCUGAAGACACAUAGUUAGUACCACCGAGCAUGCCCACAUGGAUUGCCUCUGGAAUCCAUUCACAUUUUUAUGAUCGUGUCUGAUCAAAUUUGCAAAUACUUUCUUAAGGGUGAAAUAGGCCUAUUUUUGCUAUUUUGGACAAAUAAAUGAGUCUAUAUGUGCAGGUCCUUACACAGUUUUCUCUAAAGUUAACAGUUAGGACAAUCCUCUGGUGAGGGUCUAGUUCUUUGCCCUCCCUCAGUUGACUCCAGAGAUGGAGGUAGAAGGAAUUGCCUUUCUUUUUUAAACAGCAUCAUCUUGGUUCUUAGCUUGGACAGCACCUUCAAACUCUACUCCCCUGCAUCAAAAUGCACUUUAGUGCCCCUUCAUGGUACCUUGUGAGGGGUGGGGACUAAGAACUCUUUGAGAUGAAAAAUUUAAAAAAAAACAUUUUUUAAUCUGUAACUAUUAUAAGGUUCAUAUAAUUAAAUAGAGGAAUCACCCAGUGAUACUUUAUGAAGGAAAAAUGACCUGUUUUCCUUCACCACUCUCAAGACCUAACUCGGUAAAAGCAGAGGAGGCCGAGAAAACACGGAAGAGACAGAACCUCAGCAACCAGCCUUUUUCUACAGCGUGAUCAAUCCAUCUCUACACAAUGAGCGUAUAAUGAAAUUUCCAUUUAGUGACUAGCUGAUUGAAGGGGGGGCCUCUACCCAAAUACUCAACUAGGCCUUACUUUUCUGAAGCAUUUUGAUUUCUCUUGCCUGGGACAAUUAGCAGAACAGUCCAGAAUGCAUUGAAUACUUUCUAAUUACCUCAUGUUCUCUUAUUAAAGGGGACAGAUAGAAAUAAAACAUGCACUCCCCACCUUUAGAUUAUCUGCGCUUGGUUCGUCGGAGGACUUCUAAGAUCCCGUUUUCCUGUAAAUUAAUUUAGGUAACUAAAUAGUGUGUUCUACUUUUUUUUUUUUCCAAUGCAAUAUGACUAUGCUAAAUCUGUUUCAUAUUUUUGACCUUCUAUUAUAUCAUUUCACAUUUUAUGCCUCUUUGAAAUGUGGACAUGCCUUGCUAUUCAGUGACUGCAUUGCUACUUAUUUUUUAUGUCUUUUAGACUUGGAUGUUUGGAAAUAUGGAUAUAAAUAUAUUGUAGAUCUCAAGUCCUUAAAAAAUACUAUUUUAUUUCACUGAACUUAAAAAAUGUUUGAUCUAGAGAAAGUCCUCCAAUGGAAAAGUUUCUACUAAGACUUGAUUUGGGGAAAACAUGUUUACUUGGCAGCUCUUCCACUGUGCAGUUGGUUCCUGCCCCUACUCUACCCCACCACUGGGCCAAACUAGAACCAUUAGUAUUAACAGUACAGCAGCUUUGGGUUGGUCCUUAUGGAGGUAGCAGUAAUGAGGGCAGGGAUGUUCCUUUUGAAUGACAAGCCCUUUGGGCUAAUCAGAUUGGGGUUUUGCUCAAAUCUUGAUAGUAUAUCCCAUGUUGUCUACAAAGUUACAGUUUUUAGUGCUUGAUCUCCAAAUUUUCCCCCUAUUAUAUAAUCUAAAGAGCACAGGCCCAAAGAGAAAAUGACAGGAGGCUAUUGUUCCUUCAUUUGAGCACGUGAAAGAAUCACGUGUGCCAUAUUGGCUGGGCCAUUACAAGCCUUGGAAGCAGCUACGUGUGAAGUAUUCAGCUUAUUCUUGGAACACAGUGUGGCAGAGUGGGGCAGAGGUGACUCUGGCUGGGCAGAGUUGAAGGGUAGAAUGCCAGUCCAGAUUCUGAAAUGAUAGAUAUUUAAUUUAGUUCAACUUUAUUUUCACAAGAAGGUUGACACCUACUUGUUUAUGUUUGGCUGGGUCUCUGUUUUGUAGCUUCAUUUCCAAAAAGAUGUUUAACCUAGAAACAGGCAAACAAACAAACAAAAACAGAGCUUUUGCCCCUAUCUGUCCAACUGGGGUGGAAAGUCACUGCUACACAGAAGGAUUAACCUUCCAGCCACAACAGCUUCUAUUCCAAAUGUUCAUAUGCAUAACCUAACCCCUAAACGUCUCCCACAAACUACACACACAGAUUACCUAUUAAAUCACCCCGGGACGUUGCACAUGCAUGCACACACACACACACACACACACGUACACACACACACACAUACAUAGUAGGUGUAUACCACACAUUGGCGAGUGACAGAUUUUAGGCAAUGGCCAGUAAUGAGUACUGAAUUUUUCCCACCCUAGCAUCUGGUUGGGUUUUAUGAUCUAAAAAUGUGGUUUAAAAAUAAAGAUAAUUUUUAAAGCUAUAGUUUAAAAAUAUUGGUUCAAAGUUGCAAGUAAUACUAAUGAGGGAAUCAUUUCAUUAUCACUUCCUUUCCCAGAAAAGCUGAGAGAGCACUGUGUGCCAAUGGACUUUUUUUUUUCCAUUAAUAGACCUUCUAUUCAACAAAAACUGCCCACAUGCCAGGAAAGCGCUACAGUUUUUCUAAGGUUUUUAAAUGGGGAUCAAGCUGGAUGCAGCCAGUGGAUUCUUCAGAUCUUUAUACCAAGACACAGUAACCUGACCUGCAGCUGUUGUAUUGCCCCCGUAGUAUAGCUAACCAAAUUAUAGUCUUUUUUGACACACAGCUUUUUAGUCAUUCACUGUCAAUGGCAAAGCUUCGUGCUUUGGUCCCUGUUGUUUUAGCACCAGCCCUGUACUUUUUAUUAGGGCUUAAUUCCCAGUUUAUAAUCCAGGCCAAAUUGAUUUGCAAGUCAAGUGGCUGGAGCAGCUUGCAUUUCCUUUGUCAUUUUAGGUUUCUUCUGGGAGAAAGGAGUCAAUGAAAGAGAAUUAAGUUUUUCCCAUCUCUUGAUCAUUGAUUAUAAAGACGUUAGUAAAAUCCAUUUGUCUCAUGUCUUUUGGUUAAUUGAAGAAUAUGGUUACUUUUUGAAAGCCAGUCUUUUCUUUGUGAUGAAACUAUAUUUUUCCCAGAGUGCCAAUCACAUAUAAAAUGUGAAAUUAAUACUUACUAAUUAAAUUUUAUUAUUAAAAUCUUCACAAUCGUAUAUGGCCCAGCAAUACCUCCCCCAAUAAAAGCUGAAUUACAGAAACACUGGCCGCAAAUUAAUCAAGAAAAAAGAGGAUUAUAAGUGAUUGUGCUCUUUAAAUUUUUAUACUCCAACAGAUGACUUCUAGGCAACAUUCUGGUUUGGUUAUCAUUAAACAGGAAAAUAUAUGAUUUAUUUUCUAUAAACAUAUAUCACUGAUUCUUUAUUUAAACUUCUGAGAUUGUUGUACAAGUUAAAAUCCUUUGUUCUUGAUAUUUAGAAUGUACUAAGUAUCACUUCUUUCUUUUAACAAAUAUUUAUUGAACACCUACUAUGUUAGAGGAACUGUCCCAGGUGGUUAAAAAAGAGGGGGAAAACACUACAAAUUCUAAGGGAUUAUGAUAAUGAUGAAAAAUGGAAUGAAAUAAUCAAGCCCCAUUCUAAUCGUUUUAAUCUGUGAUUUUAUAAAGUGAUAUUAGAAAUAAUGACAUCAAUUCUUGUCUAAUUACAUUCAAACUGCGACUAAAGAGAGAACUUCUUUUGCCUAAAUUAAUGGAACUCAAUGGACCCUCCUUCUCCCCUCUCUCCCCAUCUGAAAUUUAUGAAUUAAAUCUGGACUCAGCUAGAAGAACUGUAAUCCAAUGAAAAAGAGAUUGUCAGAUAAUUGCUUCUUCCCUGUUAGACCUAUGUAAGUGAUGCUAAAUUUAUACCAACAAACUCCUACCCGACAGUUUCAAAGGCAGGUUGACUCACACAUAACCCAGGAAACAUUUCAGGAAACCUUUGAAACAACAAUGUAGAACACCAUCACUCUUCCUUCUGUUUAUAAACAGCCUAUCAAAAUAGCUAAGCCUGAGUUCCUAGUUCCAAAGGCAUUGCCUUGCAGCUUGUAGAAAACACAUUGGUCGUUCAGCGCCCUCACUUUUAGCCAGGGAUACAAACCAUUGAAUUAGUAGGUAGAAAAUUAACAUCCUCAGAAGUUGAGAAAGCCUUUUUAAAAGGUGCCAUGAGCCUUCCAUUUCUCCAAAUACAGACUUAAUCUUUCUCUUUAAAAUGGCAUCUGCUCCUUGUCUCCAAGACAGUUUAGAGUAUAUUAUUGUAGUCAGUGUAUGAAAUACCAACCUUAAAUGGGAAGUACCUUCAUGCUUUCUUAGGCAAGACUUAACUGUAAUUCAAAACUGGAACAAAUCUAUGUAUUCUUACCACAACCAACACCAAAAGCUUAAAGCCUUGAUCACUCUUAGUUCUAACACAAAUUUGCAACUACUGAUUACAUUAUUCUUUCUGAGAUCUGCUAACUUGAGUGACUUAAAUGCCUAAGCCAAAUGCCACAGCUUUGCACAGACAGCGCAGCUCAUCAGAUGUUUUCUGUAGCAUUAAAGAAUGUAAUUGACAAUUUAACUGAAUAUCAGCAAUUUGAAAACUCACUAGAAUUAUAGACAUGUCGGGGGGUUGAGGAUAGAAUAUAAGCUUAGUAAGUGGUGGUGUCUCCUAGGAACCAUAAAGUUUCAACAGAGCUGACAAACUAGAAUUUUAUUAUACUGGAAAAACUAGAUUCAUAAAUGGCAGCCCAAAACCUAGAAGGGUCAAUUACAAUGUGGACACUCACAGCCCAGUUGGUGUUCCCAUCUGUGACCUACUAUCCCCAUCAAUUUCACCUUCCGAUCUAAAAAUCAUCUGAUGCUUAAAAAAAAUAAAAACACAGAGCUACAGCAUGCUAAAGAAACUGUUUUAAAGAUUUAAACACAUUUUAUAUUAAAAAGACUGAUAGACUCUUGUCAAAAGUAAUGAAUACGGAAAUAAAAGAGCUCUUUAAUAUUUUACCUGCCAAAUCUGUAUAUUCAAUGUGACUGUUUAAAACAGUCACUUCUAAGUUUUAUUUCAACUCCUCUCAUAGAAAGGGGAGCAUGAGGCUCCCCUCCCCCUUUCUAACCAAUGCAAGUGUUUUGGUUUUUUUCUUUCUUACCAGAAAUUCAAAUUCAAAAGUUUGAUAUGAACUGGGUUUUACCUGGUGAGCAGUCCUGGUGUUAGUCUAACUUUGUGCUGUCUGGAUAGUAAGUGUAAUAAUGCCUUGAUUUCUGUAUCCUGACAGUGGUGAUUCAGACAGAAUGAUGGGAAGCAGGAAGGUCUAUACAACCAGAUUCAAAGCCUAAACCAGUUCAUCUAUUAUAUGCAAUUUUUGUAAUCUAACUUAUAGCCUGGGAUUUUAGUAAAUACAGGUACUUGUUACAUUCAUGGAAAAUGAAUCUCAAAGAUUUAAGUCAGGUUGUUGACUACUUUCUCUCACUUGUGAUAAAUAUACCACUAUACAAGGUAGUUGUUUUCACUUGAUACUCGACACUUGCUUAUAAUUCAAGAAAAGCCAACUCUGGUGUGUCAUUUUAUUUCAUCUCAUAAAAGUUUCUGGCAGAAGUGAAGUUUCAAAAGAGUAUGAUAGAAUGUAUUUUGGACAAUAUUUGUAUUCAACAUGCCAAUGGUGGCAUUCCUUUCUUUGCAUUUCUUGUUACCAUGGUGAUAGUCAAGUCAGUUCAAUGACUCUCAUUUUAGUGACAUGUGUGAGGCCACUUAAAUAUUUUUAAGAUAAUGUAUAUUGAUUAGAAGCAUUUAGGAAAAGACAAAUUUAUGGUAGAAAUUAGCCUUGCCUUUGUCUAAGUUAAUUUAUGUGACCUUGUUUGAAUGGUUUUAGUUGCAAUUUUGGAAUACUGCUUUGCUAGGUAUUCCUCUCCUUUCUCUUGUGGCUUUCUCCCAAUAUUUUUAUCUGGCUUAGCAGUAUCUUAAAAGUUAUUUAUUGAUGAGUAUUAGGAAGGAAAUUGAUAUAGAAAAUAUCUCUUUAAAAAUUGUCUGGGAGCUUCUAUCAGCAGAGAUCUUCAUCAAGCCCUCCUGCCACACUGGGUAAGACCUGAAACGACCUUGUCAGGGAUGUGGCCUCCUAAUAUGAUUUUGCUGUUGUCUCUAAAUAGGGAACCUAUAAAAAAUACGGUUGAGGGGCUUCCCUGGUGACGCAGUGGUUAAGAAUCCGCCUGCCAAUGCCAGGGACACGGGUUCAAGCCCUGGUCUGGGAAGAUCCCACAUGACGUGGAGCAACAAAGCCCGUGCACCACAACUACUGAGCCUGCACUCUAGAGCCCUCAAGCCACAACUACUGAGCCCACGUGCCACAACUACUGAAGCCCGCAUGCCUAGAGCCUGUGCUCCGCAACAAGAGAAGCCAUCACAGUGAGAAGCCCGCACACCACAGUGAAGAGUGGCCCCCACUGGCUGCAACUAGAGAAAGCCCGCAUGCAGCAACGAAGACCCAACACAGCCAAAAGUAAACAAAUAAAAUAAAUUUAUUAAAAAAAAAUAAGGUUGAAAUUUCUAACUUUGUAGCAUAAUUUAUCCAAUUUUGUUUUGCUCUUCCUUUUUAUGUUGGCCACCAAGCUUUCCUCCUUAGCCAUAUAUAAAGUGCCCAUCUUUUAAAAAAAUUCAAAGAUCUAUAUACCAUUUUGAAAUGAUACUUAAAUAUGAAAGAGAAGGAAGAAAUAAAAUAAAAUCCAAAUCUGAAUUCUCCUGAAGAGGAAAAAUCUAAAUACUUAAACCUAGAAAAUAAAUUGCCUGAGAUUUGUUGGUUUUGUUUUUAAUCUAGUGUUGAUCCUUGGAUGGUUUAAUGAUAGCCAAAUUAUAUCUGAAUAUAAUUGAUUUUAAAUUUUAGUAGUUGGCAAAGUCAUUUCCUUUGUACCAUAAUCAAAUAGGGUCCACCGCCAAAGGUUACUGUCUGAAUCUUGAUUCAUUAGGCACUAGUCAUGCCAAACGGGUAUCUCAGAAUAGUUUCAUCUUUUCAAAGAUACUCACAAUGGCCAACUGUGUGUGAAUAAUGGAAAGUUUGAGAUUCUUCUGUAUUCUUCAAAUUUUAUAGCCCUGAGACUAGAAGAGAUCUCCAGAGGUCAUCUGGCUCAUCCAUCUACCUCCAGGGAGGACAGUCACUCAGGCAUGCUCUACAGGAUAGACACCCAUCUAUUCUUAACAUCUCUAGGGAAGGCAGUUUCCUUGGCAACACAAUCCAGUCCUCCUAGGUUUUUCUCACAGUACGAAAAUAUCUUGGCCAAUCUUUGUGAGUUAGGCACCUGGCAACAGUUGUGGUGAUUUGAGCCAUUGUACUGGGAGAAUUGGAAAGUUAGGUUUCCCCUACCUUUGAUGUUUGUUACAUUUGAUGAUUCCAUAAGUCUCCUAAGAAAUCAGAGUUUUAAAAAUAAAGAUGUGGGUAUUGGGACAGUGUUCAGUAACGUGACCUGCUCUCAACAAAUAUGGCUGUAGUUUUUGUUUGUUCGUUUUUAUUUUCUCUUCUGUUUUACCAUUGCUAUGAUGUCAGGGAAAGUGACUGUUUCAGAUCCCCGGUGACAGACAUCAACACUAGGAUCGAGUGACUCAACUUUUUAACUGUUCAAUUUUCUGAGAAGUUACAAUUACAAAAAGUGAGCAUUUUCCACCUUCUUGCUUCUAAAUAAGUACCUUCUUAUUCAUCUUUCUAUACCCUAAAAAUGACAAAUGAGAAUCUCAAAUUUUUCCACUUUUUCUGGGGAAGUGACUGGUUGUGGCGAGUCUGGUGUGGAAUGAAACGACUCCAGAAAAUUACUCAGCUACCAUUUGAUCCCAGCCUUUGUCCCCAUGUUGUUAAAACAGUGGCUGCUUGCCUUCUCAGGGAUCAGCAAAAUGAUUUAAAUAUUUGUCAUCUUGACAAGGCCUGAAAACGAAAGGAAUCCGGGAGGGUGGUGAUUUUUUCCUGAUUACAUCACUUGACCCAAGCACCCCCUGCAGAGAGCUUCUUCUGUUUGUUCAGAGUUGCCUCCAACUCAGAGUCAGAACUAACCGGAAAAUGAAGAACACCCUCAAAAUCGAUGUUUCCUUUCUCCAUGGGAUUUUUUCCAAUCUAGGUACAGUUGCUUAUGCCCCCCAACUCAGAUGCUCUUGUGAAAUGACAGCCACAUCAGUGCGUUGUUGCUCCCCACAAAUAACAUUAGGGGAAAUAACCUUUUUUGCUUUAAAAAAAAAAAAAAAGCUAUAGAAUGCUUAUGUAAAGAAUGUUGAAUCAUUUGGCCCAUGUUUUAAUUGACUCUAGACACCUCUUUGGAAAUAAGUCCGAGGCGUAGUUUGUGAAACAUGUUUCAAAAGUGUUUGAUGUAAAAUAAACGCUAGACAUUUACAGUACAGAAAUAGUUUAAAAAAAAAAAAAAAAACCUGUAGAUUACAACUCCGUUCCUGAGAACCUCAGCCUUUAUUGUGUCUUAGUAAAGUUGAUCUGCUUUCAUUUUAGUUUAUUGCAUUUCUGGUGUAAUAGCCUCUUAAGAUAGAACUAUUAAUACAUAUGUACUGGUUAAUGCCUGUUAAUGCAGAAAAUGCACUUUGUUAUUUCAAUGUGUUUCCCUCAGUGUCACAGGGUAUAACAAUUUGAUAGGAAAAGGUCAUUUGACAUUGGUCAAAAAUGCAUUCUCCCCAUUUAAAAUGUAUAUGUAUAAUUGGUUGCAUAGACAGAUGUCACCUUUUGCAGUAUCUUUAUCUCCAUCAUAGUCUUAGACAUCAACUGUGUGCCCACUUUCCAGCUGCCAUAGAAAUUUGGUACAUUUGCAAAUUCUGGUGAAAUCUAGUGAGCUGAAUGUAAUGGUAGAUCAAAUGAUCCAAAGCACUUGGGUGUUAUCUUUCAGUCUACAUUGAACCAUUCGGACAUUGGGAAUGGUUUUUACACAAGGGAAGUCUUUUGAGAGUAUUUGUGGGGGGGGGGUUGUUUUGUUUUGUUUUGUGUCUUUUGGAUUUCGCUGGCCAAAAAAAAGUAAUCUAAAACCAGUGAGGUCAAUCCACCGUAACAUUUUCAACAUUGUGAUUGGUUUUAUCUUUUAGUUGAUUCCUAUUAUGAGUUUUACUCAAUUUCAACAGUAUUUCAAUAGAUGUUUUAUUACUGUUAUGUUCAAUAUAAUCAUUUAGAAAGGUUUAAAGGGAAGAGAAUCAAACUACAGUUCAUACAUAACUUCACUUUACACUAAGUUGUCAUGUUCUAUGUCACGCAGUUUCUAGAUUGAUUUCUCUUGUGUAUAAGUUACAACAUCAAAGAUGCCAAAGGGUAUAUAAAAUAAGCUACAAUAAUAUUCAACAGAACUUAACCUGGACCUUAUGUUGUAAUAAUUUAUUCAUAUUAGCUGUAGUCUUCUGUAUUUAUAUUUUCAGUAUUUAUUAUGAAUGACAUGGAAAUUCGUGUAUUUAUUGUGGCUUUUUAUUGCAGUGUGUAUAUAUAUAUAUAUCUAUUACAAAUAAGCAUUUUUAAGUCUGAUCCUUAAGUUUCUUUUAUUAGUGGCACUUGUAUUAUGCUGUACUUUUUAUUAUAUAUUGUACAAUAUCUUGUCCAUUUGUUUGCAGCAGAGUAAAACCGGUUUCUAAGUUGUA